GUAGCGUGCACAUCGUACAUUCUCCCAGUCUCCAUCUCGAUCCGAUCCGAUCCGAUUCGAUUCGACCCGAUCUGAUCCGAACCGUCUCACUCCGCGGCAGUCUCCAGUCUCGCAUUGCAUCGAAUCGCGUUCGUGUGUGACGUGUUUGUUUCAACGAUAUUGCAAGCGUUUUAAUUGAAGAGAAGAAUCCCAAACACUAGAGCAAGAUGACGGUGGAUCUAUCGCCCGUGCAGGAGUACUACAAGGACAAGACGAUCUUCAUUACUGGAGCGUCUGGGUUCAUGGGCAAGGUGCUGCUGGAGAAACUGCUCUACUCCUGCCACUCGCUCAAGGAGGUGAUCAUCAUCUGUCGCCCGAAGCGCGGCAAGAGCCCAGAGUCGCGUCUGGAGGAGAUGUACAAGCUGCCCAUCUUCCAGCGCAUCAGGGACGAGCGCCCCCACAUGCUCAAGAAGGUGACCAUCUACCAGGGCGACGUUACCUUUGACUUGCUGGGCCUGAGCGGAGAGAGCCUGAAGCAUGUGACGGAGAACACCAACAUCGUGUUUCAUAUGGCGGCCACCCUCAAGCUGGAGGGCAAUCUGCGGGACGCCAUCGACAUGAAUCUGGUGGGCACCAAGCGCGCCCUGGCAGUGGCCAAGGAGAUGAAGCACCUGGAGGCCUUCAUCCAUCUGUCGACGGCCUUCUGCAACUGCGACCAGGAGGUGAUGUACGAGAAGGUCUACGAGUUCCCCCACAAGCCCGAGGAUCUCAUUCGCAUGGCCGAGUGGAUGGAUGUGAAGACUCUGGACACCAUCACGCCCGAUCUGCUCAAGCCGCACCCAAACACCUACACCUACUCGAAGCGCCUGGCCGAGAUCCUGGUGCGCGACCACUACGAGAGCAUGCCGGUGAUCAUUGCACGUCCCAGCAUCGUGUCGCCAUCGGCCUACGAGCCCGUGCCCGGAUGGGUGGACAAUCUGAAUGGACCAACCGGCCUGAUAGUGGGCGCUGGCAAGGGCGUCAUCCGCUCGAUGCUGAUCGACACGCGCUUCCUCUCCGAGGUGAUACCGGUGGACUACGCCAUCAAUGGGCUGUGCGUGAUCCCCUACCAGUUCACCGGGCUGAAGGAGAAGCCCGCGGAGGUGCCCGUGUACAAUAUCACGUGUGCCGACCACCGCAAGAUGCAGUGGGGCGAGGUGAUCGAGAUGAGCAAAGACAUUGGCUAUCGCUACCCGUUCGAGGCGGGCCUCUGGUAUCCGGACGGGUGCAUCACCACCAACAAGCUGCACCACAACAUCAACGUGCUGCUCUUCCACUGGCUGCCCGCUUACUUCAUCGACUUUAUGCUGCUGCUGCUCGGCCAGAAGAGAUUUAUGGUCCGUGUCCAGAACCGCAUCUCUGUGGGUCUCGAGGUCCUGCAGUUCUUCACGAUGAGGGCCUGGUUCUUCAAAUCGGACGCCUACUCGUCCCUUUGGAACAUCAUGAACGAUGUGGACAAGAAAAACUUCAACAUGGACAUGGACCCCGUCGAGACUGUGCCCAUGUACAUCGAGUCGUGUGUCGUGGGCGGGCGGCAGUAUCUGAUGAAGGAGUCGCCCGACAGCCUGCCACGUGCCCGGCUGCAGCUGAAGCUCAUGUACAUCUUGGAUCGCGUGUGCAAGACGGUCAUCGUGGGCUCCCUGUGCUACUGGACCUACGGUGUGGUGGCACGUCUCUUGGGCAUCUAAGGUGGUGGCCUCCGACUCCUCCCGACUUCGACUUCGACUUCGGCUUCGAGUCGGACCAAACAAUUCUCAAAUUCAUUUGCGCGCAUUCCUCAAUCAAAUCAAUCUCAAUCUCUGCUUAGGUUCGCUUUGGGGCACACACUUUCGAGGCACUCGAGCCUCGGAUUUGGUUUUCAUUUCUAGUUUAAGUGAUCUUUUAUGUUUCAUGUGAAAUAAAACAAAAAUCAAAAC